GCAUGUCUUGCCCGGAAGAGUCGAGUCAGAGCACGUGGUCUUGGAGUUCCAAGGCGAGUGUGUAUUUGAAGCACAGAGGGUGACAGAUUCAUGGGAAGUGAAGCUGCGCCCCCCUCUGUCUCACUUCCAUGCCGUUGGUAUCAUGACUGGAGUCUUGGACGACGCGAGUUCCGCCAGCUUCCACAAGUGA